CCGAUUGUGUUUGACAGAAGUGACGCGCGUUUGUUUUUCCUUAAAUCGGCGGUUGCAGUGUUAAGUUGCUCGUCGUAGUACGGUGCGUUCCUAGAGUAUUUCGCCAAUACGAAUAACCCGUUGCGCAUUACGUAAGUAGCGUAAACGAAGGAAAUAGAGCGUCAUGACAGAAGAUAUUGUAGAUUCUGUGAUUAGAUAUGGGCUAUAUUUCGGUGCAGUGUUUCAGUUAGUAUGCAUUGCCGCUGCUGUUAUUAUGCCUGACAGUACGGGGGAUACAAAUUCGGUAUUGAAGGAUUUAGAAAUGAGUGAUGAUGAAGGUUCUGAGCACAGCACUCCACAGGCAACUCCACGGAGGCCACAUAUUCACCAUCGACCACGAAAACAGGAGAAGAAGAAACGCCGAUGAGCAAAAUUUAUGGGAGUUCCUUCUUAACAAUUAAUGAACAGUAUUAAAUAAAACUGAAUCUCUUAUGAAUGAUCUAGUAAAGAGUUCAGGGAUAGGAGUGAAUUACUUUCUAAUUUUGUGCAAAGGGGAAUGAGAUCACCACGAAACCAAAAAUCAGAGGUAUACACCAUUUACUAUCAUUUCAUUUCUUCCUUUCUGUACAGGUUGUAAGGCCACUUCUGCUUUGUUCAUCUGUCAUAAAAUAAGUAUGCAGCUUUUUAUUAAAUGUGUGUUCAGUACAUAUCAUGUUAUUCUAAGCGAUAGUUGAAAUCAACAAAAAUGUAGAACUUCUCUUAUCCAUCUGUGUUUUUUCUUGUUAACUUAUAUAUCUGUUAAUUUAUAUAUCUGUGGAAAGACAGAAGCAUGAAUUUGUACUUUUUCUGACAAUGUACAUGACUUGAGAUCAUGAUAUUAUUUUAAAAUAAAAUCAGGAUGUUUUCUGAAUCACAAAAAAAUCCAGAGGAAAUAAAAAAACGCGGAACAUGACUGGAAUUUCAGUUGCAGAUAUUCUAUUAAUUUAUUUGGACAAAAAAGGAGAUUGAUUGCGAUAUUCCACAUAAACUUAAAUUUCAGUACAAUUGUUACAUGUUUUGAGCUAUCUUAGUUUGAUGAAGUAGUCAUUGGCACAUGGCCAUUACUCUUGAGUUGUAUUUAUUUUCUCUAGAAACUUAUUGUCAUUCCUUGACAGAUAAUGUUAAUAUACAUAAAUAAGGUUAACAACAUUAGUUACUAGACUUGUGAGAGAUUUCAUGGUUUAUAACUUAAGGCUUUUUCCCCUAGUCUGCCCAUCAUGUGGUAUUGUGACUAUUUAAAAAAACUAUUUACACAUUUGUUGUAACCUGGUCUUGUUAGAGGAAACUCAGCUUAGCUUCUGAUAUGCCCUACAUAUCAGCUUAGUUUCUGUUAUGCCCUAGAUAAUAUGUUCAUUGUGAAAUUGUUUAAAAAUGUUCUGCCAUUUUUCACUGGCUCUAAUAACUCAUUUGUUACUUCAGCUCAGCAUUUCAUCUUCACUUAUCCACUCAGUAACAUUCAUUGGUUUUUCUUCCUCCGCUGUGAAAUUUAAUGUAGUAUACUUUCCAAAAAUGGAGUAUUAGUGUACAUUUGACCAGCUAAUGGUUUAAGUUAGAAUGAUCAACUCCAUUGACAUAAGAGGUUCCAAAAAUCAUUUAUGCCAAUCACAGACCUGCACAAUGAUGAUACAGAAAUACAUAGCAAUACCGUUGAACUGAACCUAUGUCACGGCCCCCUCACUUUCCACAUCAUGUAACUAAUGGUUUGUACAGAUGUUAAAAACAUUUCAGUUGUAACUUCUGUUAGUUACUCACUUUUCAAUGUGCAGAAUGCUGUUGAAGGUACCUAGCUGUCUGGAAAGUAACUGGAUGUUUAUGUGGGUGCAAAUUUUUGAAGAAUAUUGUUGGGCAAGAGGGUACUUAUCAAGAGACAGGAAAUAAGAUGUUCAAACGUGCAAAACAUUGUUUUUAUUGUUUAGUGAGAGAGGGAACUCUGUGGUUUUGCUAUGACCUGGAGUCUCUUGUAUUUUGUUUCAUGGAUUCACGAAAUGAUUUUAGUUUUUUGACACAUGGCUUAUAAGUAUGGAAAUGGUACAUCUUCCCAAUAACCAGCUAUGUCAGUGAGUAAGCAGUCUGCAGCUGUUUGGACAUCAUUGUGUGCAGUAAGAGUUUAACAUUCUAUACCUGUUAAUUUAUUUGCAAUCUUUUCUUGCUGUCAAUAAUAAACAUUAUUUGUGCCUUCUUG